ACGUCGCCUCCCCACAAAGCAUUGGGAGCCAUGGCUAAAAAGUACGGACCCCUUUUCACUAUAAAGCUUGGGGUGCAUCCAACUUUGGUGGUGAGCAGCAGUCAAGUAGCCAAGGAGUGCUUUACUAUCAAUGACAUAGCCACAUCCUCACGCCCAAAGUUGACAGCUGUAGAAAUCAUGGGCUACAACAACGCCAUGUUUGGGUUUGAAUCCGCCGGGCCAUAUUGGCGGGAAGUUCGUAAGAUUGCGAUCUUGCAGUUGCUCUCCAACCGCCGGCUUCAGAUUCUUGCACACAUUCGAGUAAGCGAAGUGCGCACCUUCUUGAAGCAAUUGUACACAACUUGGAAUAGCAGUGAUCUUAUGAAGAAGGAGGGCAACUCGGAUGGUGACCUCGUAGUGUUGGUGGAGUUGAAAGAAUUGUUGGGGGACUUGAGUUUAAAUGUGAUUCUUAGAAUGAUCUCCGGGAAGCGAUAUUCUUUUGCGGCUAAUGAUGAUGAGAAGAAAGAAGCGGGUCACAUCCAUACUGCCGUGAGGAAGUUCAUUUACUUUGUAGGGCUGUUUACAGUGGGUGAUUCGAUUCCUUAUAUUCGGUGGUUGGAUUUAGGUGGACAUGAGAAGGAGAUGAAGAAAACUGCAAAAGAAAUGGAUGCCAUUCUUGAGGGCUGGCUAGAAGAGCAUAAGCGAAAGAGAGCACUCAGAGAGGAAGAAGAUGAUAUAAAAGAGCCCGGUGACUUCAUGGAUGCAUUGGUUUAUGCCCUGGAAGGAGCAGACCUUAGUGGUUAUGAUGCUAAUACUGUUAACAAGGCCACAUGUUUGAAUUUGAUUGCAGCAGGUAGCGAUUCAAUGUAUGUUACGUUGACUUGGGCAAUAUCACUAUUGUUGAACCAUCCUCAUGUGUUGGAAAGAGCUCAAGAGGAACUGGACACAGAAGUAGGAAGAGAAAGAGCCGUCGCCGAGUCAGAUUUAUGCAAGUUGGUCUAUCUCCAAGCCAUCGUGAAGGAGACGUUGCGUUUAUACCCUGCAGCACCAUUAGCAGCACCACAUGAGUUCAAUGAAGACUGCACCAUAGCUGGCUACCAUGUUCCCAAGGGCACGCGGUUGAUCACAAAUAUUUGGAGGGUUCAGACUGAUCCUCAAGCAUGGCCGGAGCCAUUAGAGUUCAAACCGGAGAGAUUUCUGACUACCCACAAGGAUGUUGAUGUUAGGGGUCAAAAUUUUGAGUUGAUUCCGUUUGGAAGUGGUAGAAGAUCUUGCCCCGCUGUAUCAUUUAGCCUUCAAAUGGUACAGUCCACAUUGGCUAGUUUCCUACAUGCAUUCCAAAUCUCAGCUCCCUUCAAUGCACAUGUUGAUAUGUCUGAGAGUUUUGGAGCCACAAACGUCAAGGCUACUCCACUUGAAGUUCUCAUCAAACCUCGCUUACCUUUUGAACUCUACAAAUAA